CCGACUAUCCCUCUUUGUCGCUACCGCUGAGACUCUUUCUGCUCGAAAGGAUCUUUCCGCAAGCCUGUGUUUCUCUUCACCCUUCAGACAAUGUCAAAUUACGACCCAGACCGCGAAGCGAGCUGUGUCCGCCGCGCCAGAGAGAAAUGAGCAAGGAGUGAAGGAAAGGGAAAAUACAAAGAGAAAGGCCAAUCUUCGGAGAAAAGGUCACCACCAUCCCGCCUGCGGUGCUCGACUCUAGACCAACCCCAUACACUAAGUCAGCCUCACAUCGAAUCACUCGUAUUACGACGCACCUCCCACCGACCACCAGCGAACCCUCACACGACCAAUGGCUCACUAUGCUCCCGUAACAGCAGAAUGGCACCCUUCGCUUGCGAAUCAACAUCGCAGCAACCUCCUUGGCCAUGGCAAGCGAAGGGCCGAAGACGAACUGGAGUCUCAAUCCAACAUCUCGUCGCAUUUCAAGAAACUCCGCCUGAAUCAAGCCAACAGCCAUAGUAAUUCAAUAUCGCACCAAUAUUCACAAUCUCCAGCAUUUACACCUUCAGUCGCGCCUUCGUCGCCAUCUCAAGCCCAACAGAUCCGGCUUAGUCCGCCAACGAGUCCUUCGACAGUCUCGUUCCGUCCGCACAUCGCCAACACCGAUGCUCGACCCGCUCUACCUCUUCCUCCGUCCAGUCAAUAUGACAAUGGACCGCCUCCUCCACCCCAUCCUACACCCGUACCUCAGGUGCCCAUAAAGCCUCCAACCCUCCUGGAUACGGACUUCAUGACCGUCGACGACACCCCUCACCGGAUAAUAAUCCACGACCUAGAGUCAGAAAUCGCUCAAAUCGAAGCCGAGGAAGCCGCCCACAACGCCACGAUAUUCCUCCCGGAUAUAGACAAAAAGGUGUCUAGUGUGCCGCAGAAGCUGCUCCAGUUGCGGAACCUCGAUCGGCAGGCUCAACCUGCGGGGCUACCACCUGAGAAUCUCAAUACGGCAUUGGUAUUAUACAGAGAUCCAAGUAGCAUAUCCGUGCCGGAGGAGGAAGAUGUGGUCAGAAAGACCAUUAUUGAGGCAAGACGCAGGGCGCGGGAGAAGACGGCAGAGGAACAGAGAGAAAGGGAAAGGAGAGAAGCGGAAGCUAGGGCUCUACAACAUGACCAAAGGAGCACAGAAUGGGACGAUGCAAUGACAGACAAUUCUCUCCAUGGGGAGGCAGUGGUGGAUGACGAUCUAGAUGCAAUGGAAAUAGAAUAGAGGUUGGGAGGGAAGAGUCAAGUCCCUCUGAUAAUUGUUCGAGCUCAAGUCUUAUGGAGCGCAAUCUGUAUUGCAUUUGGUGUCUUGUAGCAAGACGAUACAUUGUCCGACUCCAUAGAUGCGUCAUGCGCUUUUUGGAUGUGGCCAUGUAGCUAUGCAUCAUAGCAUGAUACAAACUGAUCUUCAUGUCC